UUCAGAUUUCAGAGGCUUCUCCCUCUGAACCGGUUCUCUCUCCAAUCUCUCUUAUUUUUCUAAUUUAAUUUUCUAUUUUCUUGGACAUUGGAGAUUCUGGUGUAUUUUAGGUUUUGCAUAGGGUUGAUCGACGACGAGUACAUGACAAUGGAGGCGUUGCAGGGAGAGGUGGAUCGAGUCAAGGGUCCCUGGAGCCCUGAGGAGGACGAGUUGUUGAGGCAGCACGUGCGACGGCACGGCGCUCGAAAUUGGUCGGCCAUAAGCAAGGCGAUCGCCGGACGAUCUGGAAAGUCAUGCCGGCUACGGUGGUGCAAUCAGCUCUCACCGGAUGUAGAGCGUGGCGCCUUCACUCCGGAGGAGGACGAGAUCAUCAUCAAGGCACACGCCCAGUUCGGCAACAAAUGGGCCGCCAUAGCCAAGCUCCUCAACGGCCGUACGGAUAACUCUGUCAAAAAUCACUGGAACUCCACCUUAAAGCGCAAGUACUCAUCACUGGUUCGUGACGUCGAAGAUCCAUCGCUCCAACUACCAACGAAGAAGCAGGCUACCGAAGAUCGAUCGCUGACGAUUCCUUCCGUAUUAGCGGGUCAUUGUUACAGCCCGGGCAGCCAAACUGGAUCUGAUGUUAGUGACUCCGGUCAUCAGGCAGUCUCUAAUUCUCCGACUGUGAUUCGGCCUGAAUCGAGACCGCCGGACGCGAACCUGAACAACGAUCUCUCAACAGAACUCACUCUGUCUCUUCCUGGAGCCAAGUCGAAGGAGUUAGGGAGGCUUAAAGAUUCUAGCUCUAUUACAGAGCAUGAGGAAGCAUUAUCAACGUCGAUAUUAUUAUCAACGGAGAAGAAGCAGGGUGGAAUCACGACUUUUGGGCCAGAGUUGCUGGCAGUGAUGAAGGAGAUGAUAAGGAUGAGGUGAGAAAUUACAUGGCGG